AUGGCGAAGCAGUUACUAUGUAAGAAGUCGGCUAAUCUUAUUGGAAAGCAAGAACGUGACCGAAUUGCUGAUGCUGGCGGUAAUCAUACACUUCCCGAAUCUUCCAUCGUUCUUAAUGGCAAUGCUAAGGACGAUGGCAGCAUUGUUAGCUACCAGUGGACACAAGUCUCAGGUCCUGCAAAUGCUUUGUUGGUGAAUGCCGACAAAGCCAAAGCAACAGCAUCGGGGCUGAUAGAGGGUCAUUACGUAUUUAUGCCGUUGUGGAAGACGAUGGAGAUAAAAAUGAACCCCCAGUUGCGCGAGCCUUCAAUGCCACUGAUCCUCAUUGUGGGAGUGGCGUUUGCUGCUGAUUGGAAAGUGGCUAAUGUCGAGAGGACUAUCGAUCUGUCAUCUCAGACGAUUUUACCAGCGUCGGCCAAGGAUAUAUACUAUAGAGAUGAGAUUGGAAACAUAUCAACAUCAGCUGUGCGACUUCGCGCUGAUUCUGUUGAUGUCGAACUGAAACCGAGUUACAUAUUCCCGCUUUUUGGAGGAUGGCGCACUUCCUACGUUAUCGGUUAUAAUGUGCCUUCUUUCGAAUAUCUUUACAAUAAGGGCAAUAAUUAUGCGCUAAAAAUGAGAGUUCUCGACCAUAUUUUUGACAAUGCUGUGGUUGAAAAGCUUACGACGAAGAUUAUCCUGCCAGAAAUGAUAAGAAAAGCGAGGCUUAUCACACCAUACAGCAUGGAUAGAAGACCCGAUGAAGUCCGCGCUACAUACUUGGACACAACUGGCAGAACAGUUAUAGUGUUGCAGAAAGAAAACCUUGUUCCAGAGCAUAUCCAGUCUUUCACUCUGUUUUACGAUUGA